AUGCCGGGACUCCCGUCUUCCGUGGACCUUGACGAGUGCAUCUCGCGCCUCUACAAAAAGGAACUCUUGGCCGAAUCUGUCAUCGAAGCGAUAUGUGCCAAGACCAAGGAGCUGCUGAUGCGCGAGAGCAACGUAGUCCAUGUGCGCGCACCGGUUACUGUGGUCGGUGACAUCCACGGUCAAUUUUACGACCUGAUUGAGAUAUUCAAGAUCGGUGGCUGGUGCCCGGAUACGAACUAUCUAUUCCUUGGCGACUAUGUUGACCGAGGCAUGUUCAGCGUCGAGACGAUUUCUCUUCUGGUGUGUUUGAAGUUGAGAUAUCCCAACCGUGUUUACCUGAUACGAGGGAACCACGAAUCAAGAGGCGUGACGCAGUCGUACGGCUUCUACACCGAGUGCUCGCGCAAAUAUGGCAACGCCAACGUGUGGCACUACUUCACAGACAUGUUCGACUUUUUGACGCUCAGCGUGGUCAUCAACGACCAGAUCUUCUGCGUCCACGGGGGUCUCUCCCCAUCCAUCCACUCCAUCGACCAAAUCAAGAUCAUCGACCGCUUCCGCGAGAUCCCCCACGAGGGGCCCAUGGCCGAUCUGGUCUGGUCGGACCCGGACCCGGAACGCGACGAAUUCUCGCUCUCACCGCGCGGCGCUGGUUACAUGUUCGGCGCUCAGGUCGUGAAGAAGUUCCUCGCGGUCAACAACAUGAACCACAUCCUGCGCGCACACCAGCUCUGCCAGGAAGGGUUCCAGGUGCUGUACGACGACCGCCUGAGCACGGUGUGGAGCGCGCCCAACUACUGCUACCGGUGCGGCAACCAAGCUAGCGUCCUCGAGGUGAGCGACACCGGCGAGCGGUUCUUCAACGUCUUCUCCGCCGCGCCCGAGAACGAUGCGGUCAAGGACGCGCAGAUGAACAGUGGCGGGGACAAGAGCGCAGAGAGCGGGGCGUUACCGGAUUACUUCUUAUAG